AUGGCACCCAGUCCGCACUCGACUGUCUCCAUCUCGGAGGACGGCGAAUGUCUCCGCAUCGGCGCCGCCAUGUUCGACAUCACUGGCCCAGCAGCUGAGGCGGGCAUGUUCGGCUACGCUACAGUCGGUCAGCUCACGUCGGGCAUCCACAUGCGGCUCCGAGCGCGCGCGUUCGCCUUCCACGACCCAGUUUCUCAAACUCACUGCGUCUUUGUAUGCGCCGAGCUCGGCAUGGUGUCCGAAUGGGUCACGCAGACGGUCGUGACUCGCCUGGAGACACACCCAGCGCUCCCCAAAGGUAUCUACACCCGCGAAAACGUCAUGAUCAGUGCGACACACACACAUUGUGCGCCCGGCGGGCUGUCGCACUACUUUAUUUACAGCGUCCAUCCACCUCUACACGGCGCUGAUCGACAGAACUUCGAGUGUGUAGUCUCCGGUAUAGUCGAAGCAGUAGUGCGAGCCCAUAGGAACCUCCAUCCGGCGGUGAUCCGCGUCGCAACAGGCUUAUGUCUCGGUGCGUCCGUGAACCGCUCAGCCGACGCGUAUCUGGCCAACCCAGAGCAGGAACGGGCACAUUUUGAGCACGACACGGAUAAGACUAUGACACUCUGGAGGUUCGACGGACUGGACGGCUACCCCAUCGGGAUGAUCAACUGGUUUGCUGUGCAUCCCACGAGUAUGGGCAAUUGGUACACACUCAUAACGGGGGAUAAUAAAGGCUACGCAGCCUAUGAGUUCGAGCGCGAACAAGGCACCAGACACUUUAUGGAUCGACCGAGAGCUUUCGUCGCAGCUUUUGCUCAGAGUAACGAAGGAGACGUGAGUCCCAAUAUUUGCGGACCGAGACAUCCGUGUACGCAACACAAGGACUUUGAACGCAUGGUGACUGUGGCCAAUGCACAGCUCGACUCUGCGAGAAAACUUUACGCGGAUGCGCUAACCACCACGCCGAUUGCUGGACGCAUUAGAUUCGCGCAUCAGUACGUGGACUAUUGCAGUAUCCAACUGCAAAAACGAUGGCAACUGUAUGCCGAGUGUCCAAAAUCGACGUCAUCCGGAUGUAUUGGAGUGUCGAUGGUUAGUGGCACGGAGUUCGAUGGUCGAGGUGUACCUGCAGUGCCUGAGGGCAUUCGAUGGGGGACGUAUCCAAAAGUAACGACGCUGCCGGAACUUCAGUCGCUGCAGAAGGAAAAACCAAUCAUUUUCCCGACGGCACGCUACGGAAUGUCACCAAAAGUACUACCGCUUCAAUUAUUUUCCUUUGCCGAUUGCUUGCAUAUUGCAGCAGUCCCGUUUGAGGUGACAACGAUGGCUGGAAGGCGUCUUCGAGCGUCAUUGCUAGCCUCGAUAACAGCACUGCUACCAGGGGUCCAGAGUAUUCACGAGCCCGUGAUUGCCGGCCUUACGAACGCAUAUUGUGGCUACAUGACGACAAGAGAGGAAUACGCUGUGCAACGCUACGAAGGUGCAUCGACACAUUUCGGACCUAACCAGCUCGUAGCCACGUGCCAACAGUUUGAGAUCCUGGUUGAUGCCAUGUACCAUAAAGUCAAGCCUGAGCCCAAAUUUCUCAACGAUUCUGGUCUAGUACCCCCGAGCAUCAAAGGAAUGGGGGUGCUAGACUACAAUAUCCCAGUCAUUCACGACGGUGUGGCGUCCGGCGCAUCAUUUGGUAGCGUGGUUGCUGGUGCUGAUGCCUUGAAAGUGUAUGGAUGGGGAUCCACAGUCAACGUUCGCUUCCACGCUGCACACCCGAAAAAUAAUCUGCGAACUCAGGGCACAUUUUUGGAAGUGCAACGAUGGAUAGCUGAUAGCAGUCGUAGUGAAGGAGGCGUCUGGGUAAUCUACUUGGACGAUGGUGAUACUAACACAACUUUCAAAUGGGAGCGCCAGGGCACGUUCCGAUCCGAAGUUACCAUCGAAUGGCGGAUUUCGGAAAUCACCCCGGAAGGAAAGUAUCGUAUCAAAGUCAACGGCGACUGCAAGCAUUUCUUAUGGCAAACUGUCACUCCAUACACGGGGGUGUCGUCGGCAUUUUUGGUCGUAGGUCCUGGUGCGCCUGCUUGA